AGAUCUUCAAAAGGCCCAUAGCUUUGCAUGUACGGCGUUUCCCACUUUGACUACCAGGUACAAAAGCCUCCAGUACUGAAGGUUUCCCAACAACCCUCCUUUCAACUCUUUUUCAUUUCCUAAACUUCAAUCUUGUACAUCCAACCCAGUCGCACAACUGACGGUGGAACUUCAGUGCUGUUCCCGUUAUCAAGCGCAUUACAUUCAUAUUUUUCCUCCAUACAAGAUGCAUACCGUCAAGAGCCUUGCCUUGGGCUUUUUGGCCGCCGCCGUGGUAUCUGCUUCAGAUGCCGCCGCAGAUGCCGUCGCAGACGCCGUUGCAGACGCCGUCUCAGAUGUUAUCCAACUGCAGCUGGACAGCUUCGACACAUACGUCAAGGAAAACGACCUCGUACUUGCCGAGUUCUUUGCGCCGUGGUGCGGUCACUGCAAGGCUCUCGCUCCCCACUAUGAGAAGGCCGCCACCUCCCUCAAGGAGAAGAACAUCAAGCUUAUCAAGGUCGACUGCACAGAGGAGCAGGACCUGUGCCAAAAACACGGUGUCGAUGGUUACCCUACCCUGAAGAUCUUCCGUGGCCUUGACAACGUCUCCCCCUACAAGGGUCAGAGGACGGAAGACGCAAUCAUCUCGUACAUGGUCAAGCAGUCGUUGCCUGCCGUUUCAGAUGUUACCAAGGACAGCCUCGAGGAGUUCAAGAAGACUGACAAGGUUGUCGUCGUCGCUUAUCUGUCAGUUGAUGACAAGGAGUCGAGUGAGACCUUCAAGCAAGCUGCCGAGAAGCUCCGUGACAACUAUCCCUUCGGCACCAGCACCGACGCCGAGCUUGCAGAGGCUGAGGGUGUUAAGGCUCCUGCCAUUAUUGUUUACAAGGACUUUGAUGAGGGCAAGGCUGUCUUUGAUAAGAAGUUUGACGUUGAGGAGAUUGAGAAGUUUGCCAAGACCGCUGCCACUCCUUUGAUUGGCGAGGUUGGCCCCGAGACAUACUCCGACUACAUGUCCGCUGGCAUUCCUCUGGCGUACAUCUUCGCUGAGACCGCAGAGGAGCGUAGCACGCUCAGCGACGCUAUCAAGUCCAUCGCCGAGAAGCACCGUGGCGCCAUCAACUUCGCCACUAUCGAUGCUAAGGCUUUUGGCGCCCACGCUGGUAACCUGAACCUGAAGGCCGACAAGUUCCCCGCCUUCGCCAUUCAGGAGACUGUCAAGAACUUGAAGUUCCCCUUCGACCAGGACAAGGAGAUCACCACCGAGGCCAUCUCCAAGUUUGUCGAGGACUUCGUCGCCGGCAAGAUCGAGCCCAGCGUCAAGUCCGAGCCUAUUCCCGAGACCAACGAUGGUCCCGUCACCGUCGUCGUUGCCCACAACUACAACGAUAUUGUUCUCGACGACACCAAGGACGUCCUUGUCGAGUUCUACGCCCCUUGGUGCGGUCACUGCAAGGCUUUGGCUCCCAAGUACGAGGAGCUUGGUGCUCUCUACCAGAAGUCUGAGUUCAAGGACAAGGUCGUCAUCGCCAAGGUUGACGCCACUGCCAACGAUGUUCCCGACGAGAUCCAGGGUUUCCCCACCAUCAAGCUCUACGCUGCUGGUAAGAAGGACUCGCCCGCUACAUACAGCGGUUCGCGCACUGUCGAGGACUUGAUCACUUUUAUCAAGGAGAACGGCAAGUACAAGGCUGAGGUUUCCCUUGAGGCCGAGAAGGAGACCCCGGUUGCCCCGGCUGCCACGGAGGCUGAGAGCAAGGAAGCCAAGGCCACCGAGGCUGCUGAUAAGAAGAAGGAUGAGCACGAUGAGUUGUAGAGCGCUUUUUAGCGUUUGCCGCUUGACGUACACUUGAUGAUUUCCUUCUUAUGUAAAAAAAAUACCACGAGAUCUUAGGUUACCAGAAUGAAUUUUAGCUGCACUUUUUUUUAUAUGGGGUUCUAGCCAUUAGGAAGAUGACCUAAAGAAAAGAUAGUGUCUUUCUUAUUUUAGAUUGAUUCGUUUUUGACCCAUCAACCUGUCAAGUCUGA